UCAUAUUAAAAAAAUAAUAUUAUUUUUAAAAAAUAUAUUUUAAUCGUGUUUUUUCAAAACUUAGUAAAUAGGCUCUUGUAUCGUAAUAAUCGUUUAGAUGUAUCUUAUUUUUAGCUAAUUUAGUUGAUUUAUUGUGUCCUACUGCUGCAAAGAAGGUAGAAAAUGAAGAAAAUUGAAUUUUGAGCUUAAUUCUCAAUACAACUCUAUGCCAAUACAUAUUUUUGAAAAGCUUAAAUGAUUUCCAAUUAAUAUAACAAAUAACAUAUAGUGUGUUCCAUUAAAAAAUAUAUGCUUGCUUCAUAACAAAAAAAACGGUUAGAGCAUGUAAAAAACAGACUACUACGCUACUGGAUUCUGGAAACAAAUGCUAUAUGUACGUUUUUUAACUCAUGUAGCAUAAAUUGGUUAAGGCUUUCGCGGCCCGCUGACUCCGAUGUUUGACAGUCUACGUCCAACAUCGGAGAUGGAAGGACCUCGGAAGAAGCUCGCCACUCGUGCUAGCGAAAUGUUAGGAAGUAAUUCCAAUCGACGACGGCCUUUAAACCCGAAUCAAGAUAAUAGCUCAUGUAGCAUAUAUAUAAUUACUUAUAAGACAACGGAAAUACGGGGAUGGUGCCAAAAUCGAUAGUUUUGGGUUUCAGCCUGUAACUCAAAAACCAAGAUGGUCAUGGUAAUUUUGUUGACACAAAAGUAGCAUAGUGUCGCUGUCUUUAAAAAUAACUGACCACCAACAAAUAAUACAACAAAUGACAAUACGGCAGCUGACAUUGUCGAAUUUGUAUUAUUUAACAAACACUAAUGGUUAUUGUAACUAUACUAAAACUAUCUAAAAUACUUAUUUUUAAGAAUUCAUGUUUUAAUGACAGAAAUAAUGCCCAACAAGUUUUAGGUAUAAUUUGUCCUAGAAGCUCUAGGGAAAUUGCACAACCAAACUUCAAGUCAACAUUUCUUCCGGUCGCUUAAUAUCGUUACGUGGCACUAAAUGCUUCUCUCACUAAACUUUUAUACCAAUUAUUGCCAGUUUCUAUUUAUUAUCCAUAACCCGAUAUAAGACACAAUAGUUCGCAAAGCGAAAACGAGCAGAAGUGAACAAAAAAGAAAUGGCGUCCACACAUCUGUAGAGAUUUGUCCGCGAAUGUGUAGCAACAACGAAUAUGUCUGCCGACAACUCCACCUGUAUGUAGCCUACGAAGAACAAACACAUUCUGUCAAGAUGGCAUGUUUCGGUGUUCCCGAGUCCACGAUACUCGCUAAAUCGCCCUGCGCUCAUACGCACAUGGUAGUAAAUGACAACACCGUCAGGUAAACAACGAAUAAGUAACAAAAAAUGAUCGUGUCGCGUUUCGGAUUCCAUUUCGAUCGAAUUCGUCGCGUCGGACGGCGCUCGUCAAUCGUUGGUGCAUCUCGUCGCGAUCCCUACGUUUUUUUUUUAAUUCUCGAGCUGCCUCGUGUGAACCCAAGAGCUGGAUCCUUCGAGUGGUUUAUUUAGUGUUGGAUGUGGCGGUUCAUUUCAAAAUGCACGUCGAAGGGAAAUUUAAUUUAUAUUUUGCGGUACUCGUGGGUACUCUGACAGAAGCGUGGAGUCACAAUUUGCGGCAGUUGGAUAAUACGGACUUGUUAAAUCAGGCCGAAUCAAACAUUCCCCAUCAAGAAUCCACUUCCAAAAUUCACAUGCCAUAUAAUUCCUUUGAUGGUAUUGGUGUCGAUGAGCAGGAUACCGCCACUUUGGACACGUGGUCGGUGAUAUGGUACAUUGCCUCGUUCGGCGGCCUCAUCGUUUUUUUCCUCAUUGUCUCAUGCAGCGAAUGGUGCUGCAGACGCAACGCCAGAAGAAACUUUACCAGGAAUAGCAACGUGCAAAGCGUGAAUGUAGCUGUGCCUGAGACUCCACCGCCUUCGUAUGACCAGUUCGCGCCUCCGGACUACGAAAGUCUAGUCUACGGCAGAAACGGAAGAAACGGCACCGAGAAAAGCAAAUAUGACGUUUUUGUGGUACCGGUUCACGCACUGGACACCAUAAUGGAAGAGGCUAGAUUGGAACAAGCCCCACCAUCGUACAAUAGUGCUAGGAUUAUGCUUGCACAUUUGCCGAAUAAUCAUACCAGUCAUCCUCCUACGUGAUGAUUGGUGUUGGAUAUAGACAUAUAUCUUUGACUUGAAGCAAAGCCGUAAUUUAAAGAGUACUUUGGUCGAUGUAAAGCAAAAGUAAGGCCAGUAAAGUUGGCUGUUUAAUGGACCUAUUGUGAUAAACCCAACAUAAGUUUAAGAGAGGUGCGUGGUGUGCUCAACUCCAAGAAUGCGUAAUGUUUUUUUUAUCUAGUCUCGAGAGGUUUAAGUCCCUUCAUACGAAGUGUAUACUUAUUACAAAACGAAAAAAUUAAUUACUAGUAUUUAUGUACAUAUCUCAUUACCCCUUUGCUGUGUUGUUGAAUGAAAAUAGCAAGAAAAGAAUUUUAUUUUGUUUUUGUUGACGUGUAACGAUAAUUUAGCAGUUUUUCGAAAAGCGCAACAGCGUUUUAGGUUAGAUUUUUGUACCUGCUGUAAAUAAGUAUAUAUUUAUUUGUAAAUAUAGGACGGUAAGCGUAUUCAAUUCGGCUCGAAGCGUAUUCAUAGCAUUUUCUACGAAAGUUCAUGAAAUAAAG